AGCGCAGCACAGUGACUGACGUUUAACUCCUGCUCUUAGUCAGUGACGACCCUGCGUGGUAAUUUUUUCGGAAACUUACCAGUAUGCAACUGUGAAGAGACAAAAGACACGAACAUCAGCACCACUGGAGGAGCUCCCGCUGCCAAAAGAGCCCAGAAGAAAAGAUGGGAUACAUGGUAGUAGAGGACAAAAGCGCCACAAUUCUGCACCUGAAGAGAACCCCUGGCAUCCGUUCCUGGUCUCUCUUUGUUGGUAUGGCAUCAAUUGGGUUGGCGGCUGCAUACUACAGCUCUGAUAGCAUCUUGUGGAAGCUUUUCUAUGUGACCGGCUGUCUGUUUGUGGCAAUGCAGAACAUGGAAGAAUGGGAAGAGGCAGUAUUUGACAAAACUGCGAAUGUGAUUGAACUCAAAACCAUUAGCUUGUACACUUUAGUUUUGACGUUGUGGAAAAAGGGACAAGAGAAAGUUGUGUUAGACUUGAGGCAUCUCCAUGAUGUCUGCAUCCAAGAGGAAAGGGUCCGUUAUUUGGGGAAAGGCUACCUCUUGAUGUUACGUCUGGCUACAGGUUUUUCAUACCCCUUGACCCAGAGUGCCACACUUGGGGGGCGCAGUGAUGUGGAGGCACUAGCUGCACUGCUGAAGAGCUUUUUGGGUCUGGACGAGCGGCGGCAGCAAGAUGAAAUGGCAGAGUACACAGAGGAGGAAGUGGACUCCUCGGGUAACAGCAGUGAUUCAGAGGGUGAAAAAGAAAAACCCUAACAGAGGUUAAUACGUAAAUAAACUUGUAGUGUAAUUUUGACUGGUUGGAUUUUGGGAUGCUGCCACUGCCAAAACAUAACAUGAUACUUUUAAUACUUGGGAUGCUUACCUUCAGACUUUAAAUGCAUGCAUGCAUGCAUCCAUCUGCAGCUUUAUUUUAGGAAAAUAUUCUCAUGUUCUAGUUUGUGUGUAAAGUAUGGUGACUUUUCUGUCUAAUUAUUAUUUGGCAAGACACUCCCUAUUACUGUGCUUCUCUACUGAACCCUAAUAUGUAUUUAUUGUGUGUGUCAGCGGACCAAACACGGUCUAUUCUCACACUUUACUGGACCACCCAGUUUUUGGUUGUUUUCACACACCAAGCUGGCAAUUGGGAUGAAUGCAUGCACAAACUGGCAAACCAGUCAAGAGUAAUUGAUGUGUGAAGUUCCUCUGCCUGUUACUUCUCUUGUUAACCAAAGACAUAUACUCUACUCACAAAAAGUCAGGGAUAUUUUGUGUGAAAUUUCCGGAUGAACCUAAAAUGCACUACUGUGUAACUUGUACAGGUGAACUUAACUUGAAUGCACAUGAAUUGCACGACUUUGUUUAGCAAGGAGCUGAAUGGCAAAAUUUGCAACAGGUUUGUGAACAAGUUGUGCAACAAGCACUGAAACAUUGGACAGUUGGACAUUUGCAUUCAUGGUUUCGAGACAGUCAAAUUAGGUUCACCUGUAAGGGUUAUAGUGCGUUUUAAGUUGAUCCUGCAAUUUCACCUGAAAGACGAAUAUCCUCUGCUUGUGAGUAGUGUAUGUACUGUAUGUAUAGUUUUGCCUGGUAUGGUAUGUUUAUUUGUGUCCAACGUGGAACAAUUUACAUGAAGGAACAUCACAUGGUUACAUUUGCACAAUUCAACAUGUCUGAAAAGGAGUAGGAAGAAGCAGAUCUUAUAUUUAAUCCCACCCCUAUAACUGAUAAUACAUUCACACCAUAACUUUUACGUGUUGACACUUUGAAUAUUUCACUUUCCGACAUUUGUCAUUUACAUUUGUUCCACUUCCAGAAUGAAAGGAUGGUGUUAAAUAAAAUCAAGAAGCAAAAUAGGAGUUGAAAUAAUGACAUUAUAAACCUUGUGCAGUAUUAAGGAAAUAAAUACAAUUUGAAAAUGCUAAAUUGGGAGUAAAUGGUUAAUAAUAAAUAGGCGUACAUUUGAAUUAUUGUAACAUUAAAUAAAACAUUGAGGAUGUUGACUUCAAAGCUGCGUCAAGUGUUUGUGGGUUAUGUCCUUUAAUUUCCUUGCAGUCGACAUGAUGUACUCUUUGUCCAGACUUUUGAUGUCUUUGACAACAGAGUACUUUGGCUUCCUCUUGCGGUUGGCGCUCCAAGUGUCUUGAAUGUUCCCCUGCUUCCUUAAGUCGCGUGCCUUCUUGCUGAUGUCAGAUGCUCAUUGAUGUUGAGAUACACCAGUGGUCUCCAAUGUUCUUUCUCAUGAGAGCUACUUCUGGAAAAUGAAAGUAGCCAAGAGCUACUCAUUUUUGUAACAUUUAUUGUCAUAGCUUAUUUCAAACCAAACCAACAUGCUUGUUUUACUAGAACAUUAAGAAAAUGCUGGUAUCCACAACUCAAAUUUCGUAUUUCAGAAUGCAUUUCUCUCUAGUGUACUCAUUACUAUUAACUGAAAACCUGAAUGACAAGCAAGGUUGUGGGCGCCUUGUGGUCCUGGAGGGGCUACCUGGUGCCCGUGGGCACCGUGCUGGCGACCCCUGAUGUAGACGUUUGUUUCUUUCAGCUUGCUUCUCUGCCUCAGCCAUGCUACCCUGUUUUUUCUGUUGUUGAACUUUAUAAUGAUGGCCGGUGUCCUUAUUCCUGCCAAACAUUGGAAUGAAUGUAUCCAUGUUGUCGUCAUCCAAAUCCACCCCCUUUGACUGCAGAAGGUUGGCCACCUGUUGCUCUGUUGGAGCAACAUCUUAUUCCUCCAUUAUUAGCUGCACUUGCAUAAGAAUUGCGUGUUAUGUGAAGCAUUGUUCAUGCGCUUUGACUGCUCCAAGUCAUCCACUCUGCAAGUCAUAUGCAAUAUGUGAUGCUUUUCAUUAUUUUGCUUCUUUAAAGCUCCCACUUUUCCUUCCAGGCCAUCCAUUUUUUUAUGAAGUGAUGCAUUUUCAUUCUUCAAAUCCUUAAUGUGUUUCUUUAAGGAUUUCACGUCUUCAUGCUCUUUAUCUAUUUUGGUCCUUAGCUCCUUAUAUCAUUCAACAUCACAAUUAUCUCCUGUAGUGUACCUGGAGAAAAUUGUGAUGUUGCAUAAUAUAAGGAAGAAAAGUGUUCUGAAUCAGGCCACUAUUUACUGUAAGUACAUACGGAAAUAAAUG